UACAGUUACAUAGCCUAAAAUAAAGAGCUCGGCGGUUACAAACGGCAGAGAGCCGGUCAGAGACGACGAAGAAGGCGCCAACGCCAGGGCGCAGCGCGGGCUAGGGUUUCCAAAGCCCCCGCUUCCUUCGGUCGGCCGCAUCCCGCGAAUGCUUGGCCUCUUGGGAUACUAAAGAAACCCCCACCUGGCUCCCACUCCCCAUCCCGACCCCCUUUUCUUGUUCGAAUCUAUUCGAGCCCACGAGGUCGUUGCCUCCCCACCCAAAACCCUCGCUCUACCUCUGCUCCUCACUGAGGCCUCAUCGCUUGGAUUGGAUCCUCGAAGAUUCUGUGCGAUCUCACUCUCGCCGGGACCUAUUCUUGGCAGGCUUUUCGCUUCCAGGAUCCGCCCUGAUGUGUAAGAAUGGCAGGUCUUGGAGUUUCAGAACCCGGCCGCUAAAAGACUGAAGAACGGGAACGCUCGGAGUCGGCCGCUGCUCUGUCUCGUCUUGCACGGCAGAAUCUUGCAAAUGGAGACGGCGAAAGGGAAGCUGAGGAGGACGACUUCCAGUUUGCUUCUGCACAUCUCGGACAUCUGCAAGGUGCAUUCUGUUGGCGUGGCGCCGGCCGCCCACGAGAAGCUGAAGGCCGACAGCACCGGGGAGAGCAGCGAAGAUGGCGCACACCUGAAGGUACAUCCACACCAAGUAUCUGACCAUGAGAACUGCUGUGUAAGUUCCACUGCCCGUUACGAGGAGGCAUUUGUCGAGAAGCUUCUCGACGCGAUUUCUGGUCUGAAAUUGGCUUAUGUCAAUGUUCAGCAAGCACAUGUUCCAUAUGAUACUGAAAAGAUCGUGAUCACCGAUGAGCAUUUUGCGUCCGAGCUCGAAGAGACCGCUGGGCUUAAAGAUCUGUAUGUUAGUGUCAACAAAUGGAGCAACCCAAUGUACCAGUCUCAUGUGAGCUCAAAAAUUCAUGAGCAUCAGAAGCUCGCAGUGGAGUUGCAGGCUGCAGUUUGCAAGAAAGAUUCUGAAAUUGUUUUGUUGCGAGCGGAGUUGGAAGAACUGGAAAGGAAUAACAUGGAACUGAAGGAGAAGAUUGAACAGAGAGUGCUGCACAGAGAAAAUAGUUUCGACAUUAAGAGAGGGGAAUCAAUAGAUAUGUUCAUUGAAUUGUUUGAGAGUUCAUCAAAGUGCAUACAUGAUUUUAGAAAACUCGUCGUCAGUUGGAUGAAAGUUUCUGGAUGGGACCUCAACUUCUCCAAAUUCCCUAUCAACGAAUCUGUCAUAUGUGAGAAAAGGUCUCACAAGAAGUAUAGUGUUGAGGCAUACUUUGCUCGCGCAAUGCUUAUGGGGACCAAAGAAGAGUAUUUUUCCAUGGACUCUUUUGAUCAUGUUAUGAGUUUCAAGGAUCCUUUUGAUGCUCUUGUGGAGGCCCCAAAUUCUUCUUUUGGAAGAUUUUGUCGAGAAAAAUAUCUGGUGGCUGUACCCAGGACUAUGGAGGAUUCCUUCUUUGGAAAUUUGGAUCAUAGAGAAUUUGUCGAGAGUGGUGGUCAUCCAAGGACACAAUUUUACCAGACAUUUGCGAGAAUGGCUAGAUAUGUUUGGGCAUUGCUCACAGUUUCUCGUUACUUGAAACCGAGGGCUGAAAUGUUCUUUGUCAAGAGCGGUGCACAAUUUCAAAAGAAGCACAUGGAAAGUAUACGAGCAAAGCUGACCAGAGAAGAAGCAAAGAUCAGUGUUGGGUUUACAGUAAUACCGGGCUUUAAGAUUGGAUGCACCGUCAUCAGGUGCAGGGUCUAUCUGUCCAUGCUGAACGCACGGGACUUCUAAACACAUCACAUAACAACAGCAUUAGGUAAGAAGAUCAGAUAGCUUUAUAGUAGUUCUAUCGAAUAAGCUUAGAGUUAGAAGCUCCUCCUGUAUUGCGACUAGGAACAUGAGCUAAUAGAUGACUCAGAGUACUAACUUGU